AUGGUCAUGGCAAUAAAUGCGAUUAGGAACAAAGAAAUGGGAUUGAAAAAGGCUUCUCAGAAAUUUUCUGUCCCAAGACCGACUCUGCAAAGACUUGCUCGAGGUGACAAGCCACCAGAAGAAGCAGCUGCCACUCGUCUGGGAAGGAAAACUAUAAUGGGAGACCAGCUGGAAAUGGAGCUUGUUGAGUACCUGCUUCAGAUGGAGAGCAAGUUUUACGGUCUCACCAGACAAGAUGUUCGCAGAAUAGCUUACCAACUUUGUGUAAGAAACGGGAUAAAAAAUCCGUUCAAAACAGAGGGGUUAGCUGGUAGGGCUUGGUUCGACCAUUUUAUGAGGCGGCACAAGGAUGUAUUAUCUGUAUUGAAACCUUCAGCAACUUCAUUUUCAAGGGCAAAUGGAUUCAAUGAAGAGGCAGUAAACAAUUUCUUCGACAUCUUAGAAGCUGAGUAUAGGAAACACAAAUACCCAGCCGACAGAGUUUUCAAUGUCGACGAGACAGGGAUAUCUGUGGUUCAGAGUAAAAUUCCCAGAGUGAUUGGUUUACGGGGGAAGAGACAAGUGGGAGCUCUUAGCUCAGCUGAAAGAGGCUCUCUUGUGACUGUCAUCUGUUGCAUGAGCGCAGGGGGCACUUUCAUUCCGCCCAUGUUAAUUUUCCCAAGAAAAAACAUGACAGAUCUGCUUAUGAAAGGUGCUCCACCAGGGGCGAUUGGUAGGUGCCACCCUUCAGGGUGGAUACAAUCAAACCUGUUUACAGACUGGCUACGCCAUUUUAUUGAGAAGACUAAGCCAACAAAAGAAGAUCCUGUACUUCUGAUCCUAGAUGGUCACAACUCUCACACAAAAAACAUAGAUAUUGUGAAUCUUGCGAGGGAUAACUUCAUAUCAAUCAUUAGUUUGCCCCCACACACGUCACAUAAGCUACAACCGUUAUACAAGUCAUUCCUGGGGCCACUAAAACACCACUACAGUGAACAAAUACGCCGGUAUAUUCGACAUGGCGAAAAACGAGUGGGACCCUAUGACAUUGCAGAGCUUCUAGGACAAGCGUACCUAGCUUGCCAGACAGGGUCGAUAGCUGUGAAUGGGUUUAAAACAACCGGAUUGUAUCCAUGCAACAGGAAUGUCUUCACUGCUGCAGACUUUUGCACCAUCAUCUGA